AUGUCGUCAAGUAAAAGACCAAUGCCAACGCAAGCGUUUGUUUCCACAAAUACAUCAUCUUUAAAUCCAACCAUAAAAGAGCAACAAUAUGUACAUGACGUUUAUGAAAAAAUAGCUCAACAUUUUAGUAGCACUAGAUAUAAGCCAUGGCCUGUUGUAGAAGAAUUCUUAAAGGAGAUGGAAAUUGGAAGUAUCGGGGUUGAUAUUGGAUGCGGUAAUGGAAAAUAUUUAGGGGUUAAUCGGAAUGUUUAUAUAAUCGGCGCUGAUAGAAGUUCAAGUUUAAUCGAGAUAAGCGCAUCAAGGGGAUUUGAAACUCUCAUUUGUGAUGCAUUGAAUUUACCAUAUAGAGACGAAUGUUUUUCCAUUAACUCGUUAAAAAAAAAUGACUCAAAGGAUUUCGUAAUCUCGAUUGCCGUCAUUCAUCAUUUCACAACUUUAGAAAGGAGGAUUGCAGCGACAAAGGAAUUAUUUCGAAUUGUAAAACCGGGAUCAAAAAUCUUGAUCUAUGUUUGGGCUAUGGAACAAAUAGAAUCACGUAGAAAAUUUGAUGAAAAUUAUCAGGAUGUCUUUGUUCCUUGGGUCAUUCCGGCCGAUAAGAAUGAAAAAGAAGAAGAAAUCGUGUAUGAUAGGAUAAUUGGUAUGUGA